AAAGAUUCAAUCGAACAUUAAAUAAUAAGCCGAUAAAUUAUAACUUCUCAAUUUUUUUGUUUCAAUAUCAUCGUGUCCACCACCACCACCACCAUCGUCGACAUCGUCGAGUCCGAGCGUUAAAGAUUAACAAGAAAAUCAACACAUUUUAACGUUUACCAUUCCUUUUUUUUAUUCUAUUCCUAUCCUUCGUCCUCUUUAUCCUAAUCAAAUGUUAUCGUGUAUUUGACAAGAUUUCAUGUGAAUAAAAGGAUCUAAUAAUUGGCCUUUCGUCUAAGAAGAAGAGGCACGCGAGGAAUAUGUCCGCAUUUGGCGCCGGUUGAAUCUUCGAUAUAUCUACGAGAAUCACGGUUAUGAUUUACACUUUGUUGGACUUGCCUUGCGUAUCUAUUCAAAAAUCAAAAGACGAUACAUUGGAAUAUACUUAAACGGAUAAUCAUAAUCUAUAAGAAAACAAAUUUAAUCGUUUGUUAUCAGAUUGUUUCUAAUCUGAUAUGAAAUAUUACAAAUAUUCUAACAUAAUGGAGAUAACGCGUAUAUGACAUAAGGAUUUUUAAAAAGGGUUGUAACAAUUACUUAUUCGAGGAUGGACCUUUGGAAAGAAUAGUUUGAUCGAGUUACGGAUAGUUUGACAUAUACCAUUUGUAUAUCGUUUAUCGGCUAAAUUUAAUCGUUCUCAGAAAAUGUCAUCCUUAAGAACGCAAUCGACCGGUGGUGGCGGAGGUAGAGGUGGUGGCGGCGUCCUAGGCUUGAGCAGUAUUUGUUCCGAUCGUACAGGAGCCACUUCCAUUGCUAGCGGUUCUCAUUCUCAUUCCCAUACGCACAGGAAACAUCAACAUCACAGUAGAAGUAGAAGCGCUCCUAGAGCACCUGAGAAACCACCUAGAAAACGUCAUUUAAAUCCUGGACAUAGCUUGGUUUCCAUUCCAAGUCAAAUUAAAUUAUCCAUGUUAAACAGUGGCCUCAUUUCUUUUGCAACGGAGGAACUUAGUAGCAGUAUGAGCACUACAUUGCCUACAGCACCGACCGAACUUUCGCAAUUUCCAAAGCUUUGCGAGCUUCGGAGAAAAUUUCCGGUUCUAUAUCGAGUAGAAUUUCAAACAGCAGCAAAGGUAGAAUCGCAUUCGUGUAGACAUGCUACAAAACCAGUAAAUAAAGAAAAGAAUCAAAAUCAGAAAUGUAUUCCAUAUGACUAUAACAGAGUGGUUUUGGAUACAAUAGAGGGUGAAACAGAUUCCGAUUAUGUUAAUGCAUCUUAUGUAGAUAGUAUCUUGAAACCAAACGCAUAUAUUGUGACCCAAGGUCCUAUGGAAAAUACUGUAACAGAAUUUUGGCGAAUGGUUUGGCAAGAGAAAGCAUCUUGCAUUGUUAUGCUUACGAAAACAUUUGAUUUCAUACGAGUCAUGUGCGUCCAAUAUUGGCCAGCAAGUAAAGAUAAGGAUGAAGAAUAUGGAGGUAUUGGAGUUUCUAUAUUACAGGAAGAACAAUUAGCCAAUUUUCAUAUACGUACAAUAAAACUUUACAAGAAGGAUGAAAGCGAGGAAAUAUCUGAAGAGAGGACAUUGCUACAAUUUCAUUAUACCGAAUGGCACUCUCAUACUUGUCCUUUUGGUAAUGCAGUAUUAGAAUUUCGUCGUCGUGUUAGAGCAGUUGUUGGAUCUACUAUAAAAAAUGAAUCAGGUCCUAUGGUAGUUCAUUGCAAUGAUGGUGGUGGUCGAUCAGGAGUGUAUCUUGCAAUAGAUGCUAAUAUGGAGUUAGCCGAAGAAGAAGAUGCCUUUGAUGUAUUUGGAUAUUUAAAGAAAUUGAGACAAAGUAGAAGAGGAAUGAUAGAAAAUUUGGAACAGUACAAAUUUGUAUACGAUACUUUGGAAGAAUUUGUAAUAUGCGGUACUUCGUGGUUUCCAGUUUCGGAAUUAUCGCUACGUUUGAAACAAAAAAGUAUCAAAAAUCCUCUAACUAAAAUGAACGAAUAUCUACGAGAGUAUCAACAGAUAUGCAAGCAAACGCCACGAUUUACGAUCGGAGACUGUGCAGGAGGACACAGGGCUGAUAAUCGUGAAAAGAAUAGAGAUGUUUUGGUCGUACCGCCUGACAACUUUCGACCGUACCUUACUAGUUUCCAAGGGAACAAUUUCACAGAUUAUAUAAAUGCUGUCUUUGUGGACGGCUACACAAAACCAAGAGAAUACAUUGUUACCGAGUGGCCUCUUAGAAACACAUGUGGCGAAUUUUGGUCUCUAGUUUAUGAUUAUGAAUGUGCAGCAGUUGUUGUAUUAUGCGUACCACCACAGGGUUCUACAAAUUUUCCAAGUUUUUGGCCAGAAGGAAGGCAUUCAAAAAAAUAUGGUCCUGUAUUUACUAUCGAUCAUAUUAGUCAUAAUCAUUAUACAAAUAUUAAAACCUGGGUAUUUAGAAUAAAUAAAAAAAUCAUUUCAUUACCCGAGUUAAUGGCAGGAGUGAAAGCACCUCCAAAAACAGUUCAGUUAUUUCAAUUAACAUGUUGGCCUAUGGGUCAUAGAGUACCGACGUCUACGAAUAGUUUAGUAGAACUAAUGAAUAUGGUUGAACGGUGGAGACAAAGAACGGAUUAUGGUCCGGUAGCAGUGGUGUCUCCUGAUGGAAGAAGUCGUUGCGGGGUCUAUUGUGCCGCCAAUGCAUGUAUAGAACAAGUAAUACAACACGGUGAAGUAGAUAUAUUUCAAGCUGUGAAAACGGUGCGCAGACAUCGGCCUCAACUAAUAGAAAAUAUGACAGAGUAUAAGUAUUGCUAUGACUUAGUUCUACAUUAUGUGCUGCAUUACUUGAAUAAAGAUAUGAACGAAAAGAAGUGAGAAAGCGAGUUGGGGGACGAGCUGUGGUUCAUAGAAUUUGGUCGUGGUGCGGCGCUACCAUUAACGCCAGAAGAAGCUUCAACGGACGGCGAACCAACUUUACCCUGCGCUCAAGGACGUAUCGUUUAUGAGACUACAAAAGUGGUAUCGCCAGAGCUGUCCAACGGUUCCACAUUUUAUGCAACGCCAAGUAAUAAAGAAGCAAAGGUCGCAGAAAGUCCUGAAGAAAAGAAAUUAGUAUGGAAUAAAGCUAUACCGAAAUCAAUUGAAGAUUUUGCAAAUAUCGCUAACGAAAAUCUAGCAAAGGAUAGGAU